UCUGAUCCGAGGAUCAGCUGGAGGCAGCAAUAAACAGAAGGAAAUUCUGCAGCGGAAAAAUACUGAGGAGGAGGAAAAAGCUGCAGAUGUUAUAAUCCGAAAACAUCAGUGUAACAUUUUUACACGAAGCCCUUCUUCUAAGAAGAAAGCCUUUUAUUUUUGUAUAAUAGUGUUUUAACUACCUCACUUAAAGACGAUCUUAAGCUGUGCUUUAAGAAUUGUUAUCGUUUCUACUGUGUUCGAGAUCUCGUUUACAACUUGAAUAAUAUUGCAAAGGCAGGCCUUCGCUUCAAACCAAGUAAACCUUACAUUUGCACUAGAGAAGCCUGUUCAAACUUGCUUGUCAAAAUCGAGAUCCAGUAAGGGCUUUAGGUGGAAAAUAAAAGAGACUCAAAAUAUCUAACAAAGUAUUGCUUAGAACAGCAACAAGUGAUACUUAAACACAAAUAAGAAAUUCAAUAAGGCAGCUACAGCUUUUUCUUUGUGGACAAACAAGAAGUACCUGAGUCAUCACCACUUGACGAAACAAGCAGUCAUGUUCCAGCGUUUGAGCAGCCUGUUGUUUGGGGAGGUAGAAGAAGUGGCGGCUGAGCUGAAGGGACCCAACCCCUGUGUGACAGAGGCCGACGAGGAGGGAUGGAUGCUCGUCAACCUGCCUGAAAAAUCUGACUGCAUGAUUCAGGCAGACGAUGAGACGGGAGAACCAUCAAUUGCACAAUCAUUCCCAGAUAGUAACCAAUCAAAUCAAAAAGUCAUAAAUUCAAGGACUGAAAGCCUGGCCCCCAUUUCCCACCCGUCUAUCAAGCGACGUAGAACACAUAAAGCUCGGUCACGAGGUGCAGUAGCACCAUCAGACCCACUGUCUUGUCCAAGCGCUAGCCCUUCAGACUUGGGUGCCACUACACCUGUGACCCUGCCGAGACGGGCCAGGCUGUCCACACCCUCCUCAACCCCGUCAAUGUCCCCUGGCUCUGGAAGUGAGUGUGGGCGCAGUGGGGGUAGCAGUAGGUCAGGCCAAGAGAGAGGCUGCAUGGAUGAGAGCUGGUUUGUCACCCCUCCCCCCUGUUUCACUGCAGAGGGAGCCACAGCGGAGGCCAGCCCGAUGGAGGACCUGCUCAUCGAGCACCCCAGCAUGUCUGUGUACGUCUCUCCGAGCAACUUCUCCAUGGUCUCCCACAGCAACCUGUCCGUGUUGGGAGAGGAAAGCAUUGUCAGCCUGGCGAGCAGCGUGAGCAGAGUGGCAGAACCAGCUGCUGCCCCGGCUACCCGCAGCACUAUGCCUACCAGGGUGAGCCGUGGAGCCGCUGCUCAGGCUGGAGCUCUGGCCAAGGUCACCCAAGUGGCCAGGGUCCAGCGUAGCAAAGCCCGCAUCGAGCGACGCCAUCUGGGCCGCAACCGCAUCCAACGCCAAAACCGCACCCGGGAGCAGGUCCCUCGCCAUGCAGGCCACGCCAGAAACACCUUCCUUCAGCAGCCCACCAAGCGUAACAUCUGCCACUAAACUCCACUACACCAGGGGGCAGCGCUUAGUCUGAGGGAAUUAGUAGUGCAUAGUCAACUCCAAGACACACAGGAUUAAAUGUCUUCACGCACCACAUAUUUGCUUUCUUUUCUGCACAUUAUAUCAUAAUUAGAUGCCAGUAGACCAGUAGCUUUUUUGUUUUGGUCAAGUUACAAACUGGCUCCACCUGGUAGUUUAAUGCCCCUUUAAGAUGUCAAGCCCUCUGAGAAGAUCUGUGUAGACGUUUAUAACAGUUGUUAUCCAUUGCAGUAUCCAAACAACAACAAAAAAAGUAUAAAAAAUAUGUAUACAGGUUAUACUUAGUAACAAUAAUUACUAAGAAAAACAAAAAAAACUAUAGCUCUUUUGAUUUUUUUUUCCUCCUAAGUAAACUAUUAUUUUUUCUUUCACUUGUCCUCAAGGCAUGUUAUUUUUAAUAAUUCAAUCAUUAAAUCCCUUAAAUUGUUUAUACAUUUAGAGAGAUUUUAAAAUUGUAAUUACCAAGUGUACUUUAAGACAUUUCUGGUAGAAACCAUGCAAGAAAGAGACUUUCUUGUUUCAGAGAAAACAACUCAUCAUGUCUUCGAAGCUUUACAUUAUGGUGACUAUAUUUUCAGAUAGAUAGAAGGUUAUACCGUGAGACGAGUGAGAGAGGGAAAUCACUUGACAUUUGUUCCUCUUCAGUUUGGUCUGGCAAAAGACAAAGGCAUUCAGACAUGAGGCAACCUGUUUCAUCACAGGAAACACAUAUUGUGAUAUUUCUCUUUUCUCUCUGUGAAGGUUAAGAGCAAGUAGAAGAUGGUGAGAGUAUGAGCAAAACAGAUUAAAGAGUAAAAAUAAUGUCUUGACGUAGAACUUGACAUUAUUAAAAGGAUUAUUGAAAUGAAACAGUUAAAGGAAAGUGUUAUGUAACCCUCUGAGCAGCCCGUCAGUAUCUAGAAAAUGGCUUUUGUUUUGAAUAUUUCAUCGGUGUAACUCUGGAAAAUGAAUAAGGCACUUUCUUUCUAUGAAAUGAAAGAUUGGCUUUAUGGGCAGAGACAUAUUGAUAAAGAGUAUAAAUGGAUGUGAGAUGAGAGGAUACAGGGCUUGCCUUUGGGUUACAGGGUAUGGCAAGUUAUAGUAAGUGCAGAGCGGUAUUGAUGGCAACUCUUUAUUUUGUUUUGUGAUGUUGUUUUCUGCCAUUUAUCCUUUUAAUUGUAAUAUUAUUGAACAGUCUCUCUCUCAGCAUGGUUUCACCAAAUAAAGAAAUAAGGCCUGGUUCUGUCAGACAAAGUACACUUGUAGCUUUUAAAGUAAACAAAUAAGAGAAUCUCUCUGUUGAUCAUACGACAGCAUGAUUAUCAUUAAAUGUGUGGUCUGAAAACUAAAGUGAUGUGCCCGGCACACAUCAGACAUUUUCAUCCUCAACGUGUGCUGUGAUCUUAUGUUAUCCAUGUGAACACCAAAAAGAUAGUAUGACCUAUUCACACGUCAGUCCCUUUCAUAUAAAGGUUGCUGGGGAAAAACAUCUCUCAGCUGAACAAAACCCAUCGUCCCUCUUCAACACAUCCAGAACCUUCAUCUUGAAUCUGGUCGUGCAACCCAUUGCUCCCUAACAUCAUCUGUCCAUUUCUACCCGUCCCUCUCUCAUUAGCACAUCCAGCUCUAAUAGUUUCCACUUAACGAUCUAGCUUACUGAUAUGUAUUCAACAACAAUAGUAAACAAUGGUGCUGAAGUGUAUACUAAUGUUUGUAAAUUAUUUGAGAUAUGGAUGUAAGUUUGCACUGUCAUACAUUUUGUGAGUCAAAGUUUUAGCAGUGUGCUGUGUGCUUGUUUUUAUGUGGUAUAUUUGUUCUUUUUGUUUUGAUUUAAAUUGUGUGUGAGAAGGUGUACUGACACGUUAAAUGCUAGAAACUCUUUAAAAAAACAUGAUUAGUGGUCAUUUAUUUUUAUUGUAAAUAUUACAAAACAAUUUAUAACGCACUAUUAGAUGUCAGAGCCGUUCAAGACUUGAGUCCACAAAGUUGUGUCUAAUGAGACUAAUGACAAAUCCCCUCUCUGCCUCACCUCUGUGCUCAAUAUCAAAUCAAGAGGGCAUUUCAGUGGCCAAAAGUGUGAUGUCUUUGCCUCAACUUCAGUCUCAUCCCUUUGAAGUGCACCAUAAAAACAGCACUAGACUCAGGGUUGAUGUGUCAUAGGCAAACACUGCCCUCCAGAGGGUCCAUUUAGCACAGCUCCAGCUGUAUGGAAGCUGGUGAGGAUACAGUACAAAGACCUGGUUUUAAUAUAAUCUGUACCAGUGUGUAAAGGAAAUAUUGUCUGGGUAUUCCUGUCAUAUUGUUUGGAAAUUGAAAUGUCCUGUCCCAUCUUAAAAUACAUUUUUCCACCCCGAAUAACCUACCACAAAUUAAUUUCUGCCAAUAUAAGUCUGUUUUAUUCAAAGUAUGUUAAUAUUUGUUAAUUUAUGAUAUAAUUAUGAAUUGUAUCUUUUAUUGUGUUUAAAGAUAACUAUUUUCUAUCAUGUUGAUCAACGCUGAAUGGUGCAGGAGAUGGAUCUGAGGUGAUGAGUCCAACAUACUCAGAGACAUAAAGAAACACAAAGAGAUCUCUGUUGAAUGAAUUAUGUCUGCCCCUGUAAUAAAGUACAUACAGAGUACAAAACUGGUAAUAUGAGAGAUCACAGAUGAAUGUGUGGGCGUGAAUAUAAAAUGUAAUGACCAUCACAGCCUUUUCCGCUAUAUACGUUUUUGCCAUUAUUUUAUUUCUUCCUUUCUCUCCCUUAUUAUGUAAACAGGAAAUGUGUUUUCAGUAUGUUGUGUGUGAUUAUUGAAAGGCGGAGUUUAAGGAGCGACAGUCAACAAUGGGGAGCGAGACUGGUCAUAUGAUGUGGACAGGGAAAGAAUGAGGCAGGAGAUUUAUAUAUUUAACAAAAAUAUGAAAUGUACCCUCAAAAAUACAAUAGAAUAUGCUUGUAUUUUCCCAUAUUAUCAUAACAGUUGUUCACCAAUAGGAUGUUUUAAAUAAGAGGCGUUGAAUGUCUGGGGAGUUUCAUAUGUUUUAUGUUAUGCCCUGAAAUGGCAGCUUAAAAACCCUUGGGGUUUUUGCCCAUGUUACAUCUCAAUUAGUACACCUAUCCCCUCGUAAAAAAGAAAUAUAAAGACAUAAAAUGUGGUGUAUCUGAUAUCUACAGUAUGGUGAUUGUGCCUUUCACUAUUUCUGCAUGGUUUUUGGGAUGUACUGAUUUUUCCAUCCCCAAAGUGGACGUAUGUCCACUGACAGGCAAGACCUAUGCAAAAAUUAAUGGAUGGGUUUCCAGCAUCCAUUCAGAAAAACACAGGUACCCGCCAAAAAAAAACUAAAAAAACCAUCAACAAUAAAUACUCAGGUUAACA